GUGCGCUGCCCGAGUUGUACGGACUCGGCGAUGUGCGCUCUGCCCGAGUCUUCGUGCACCUCCGGACACGGUGACCUCCCAGUACAGUACAGUCUCUCACCAGGACGCUUCGGUGCGAUCCAACCUUAACGGCGCUCAGUCAUGCUGACUUUUCCUGGCGUCAUGGCCGAGCAAGUACGCCGACCUCUGUGUCAGCCCAGCGUCGACGUUCCCAGGCAAGUAUAAAGCAUGAGAAUUGCAUUCGCAGAAUGACGGGGAAAAUUUGGUUCAUAACUGGAUCGUCGACCGGCUUCGGACGACUCGUGACGGAGACCGCCCUUGGGCAUGGUGAUAAGGUGGCGGCGACACUCAGGAAGCCAGAGAUGCUCUCAGGACUGUCGUCGAAGUAUUCUUCUUCGCAGCUCCUCGUCCUCAAGCUUGACGUCACCAAAUCCGACGAAGUCAAGCAAGCUUUCAGCGCCGCGCAUGCUCACUUCGGGCGUAUCGACGUCGUUUUCAACAACGCGGGGAGCAUCGUCCUUGGGUCCGUGGAGGGAACUCCAGACGUCAUGGCCCGCAACCUCUUCGAACUGAACCUCUGGGGUGCAGUGAACGUUACCUCGACGGCCGUUCAUUACUUCCGCGAGUUCAACAAGCCCGCCGGCGGACAUUUGAUACAGAACUCGUCGCUCUGUGGCAUAUCGGGCUUUCCCCGCACUGGGUUCUACUGCGGCACGAAGCACGCGAUGGAGGGCAUAACCGAGGCUCUCGCCGCAGAAGUCGACCCGAGUUGGAAUAUAAAGGUUACGCUCCUCGAACCCGGUUCAUUUUACACUGGCGGUCAUGGUAGGGGAGACCUCGCCCCGCCGCACCCUGCCUACAAACAGCCCGACAUGAGCAAGAUGCUGAGCGGCGAGGGCAUGUCAGACCCCGUCAAGGGCGUAGAGAUCAUCUACCGACUGGCUUCGCUGCCCAACCCACCGCUCCAUCUCCCGCUGGGUCCUGAUGCGGUCGCGACGUUCAACGACAAGGCGAAAAGAUUGCUCGAGGCGACGGAGGCAUACGCGUCGUGGUCAGAGGGACUGGAGCUCGAGCCGAAGCUGUAGGCCUUUGCAUUCCGUACGCUCCUUGUCGUCUUCUGUUCAUCAACUCGGAGGGAUGUUUCGCCCUUUUUCAAUGUGCGACCGACUCAGAGCACCGCACCGCCACCUGGGGUCUAUGCCGGCACUCGUACGAACAACUCAGCUGUUGCCUCGGUCUAUUGGAAGUACGUUGUUCAUCGCUGGAUAUCCAGUCCACGUUACAGAUUCCCUGACGGGCGAGGGUUGUCCCCAUCAUUGCUGGCAUGCCUGCAGUCGUGGCAUCAGACCGGGC